AUGCACUUUCAUCUAUCCCCCCUGAAACAAAGGAAGACAACAACACAGGGCUUAUUAGAUCUGGCUUCUUCACUAGCGAAGCAAGUGAGUCUUAGUCGUUUACCCCCUCCGGAACCUACCAUUUUCCUAGGAGAUCCGUUGAAGUACCCAAGUUGGAAGGCAUCAUUUCAAACACUCAUUGAGCAGGGUCAGAUUCCAGAUUCGGAGAGGAUACAUUAUUUGAAAAAGUAUCUGGGUGGGCCAGUGAAAGAUGUCAUAGAGAACUAUUUUCUGUUAUCAACAGAUGAUGCGUAUGAGGAGGCUAAAGGACUGCUAGACCAAAGAUAUGGUAACCCAUUCAUUGUUGCCAAUGCAUUCCGUGACAAACUGGAUAAAUGGACAAAGAUAAGCUCGAGAGAUGGUGUUGGACUGCAGCGAUUUGGUGAUUUUCUCAAGCAGUGUUAUACGGCCAUGCAGAGUAUUGGAAGCUUGAACAUUCUCAAUGAUGACAGAGAGAACAGAAGACUGCUGAGCAAACUUCCAGAUUGGCUUGUGACAAGAUGGGGUAGGAUCGCCACACAGUAUAGAGAAGAAAGAAUGGAAUUUCCACCAUUCAAGAAUUUCAUGGAAUUUAUCGUGAAAGAAGCCAAGAUUGCGACAGACCCUAUUACCUCCAUAGAGUCUGUAAAGAAGUCUGAAUUCGCCCAAUCAGAGCCGAGUAAACCACGACCUGAUGUCAGGGUACGACAGCGAGGUGCAGCUGACUAUGGAAGACGAUCUUUCCUGACAGACGUUGACGAGAAUCAGCCCGCAAAUGUGAACGUAGCAAAUAGAAGUGACAGAGGGAGAAACUGUGUUUUGUGUGAAGGGAAUCAUGAACUAGAUGACUGUAAACAGUUCUUAGCAAAGAGUCUGGAAGGAAGAAAACAGUACGCAAAGCAGAAAGGUUUGUGUUUUGGGUGUUUACAUUCGGGUCAUCUAUCAAGGAAGUGUCGUCAGAGGAAAAGAUGCAAAACUUGUUCCAAGUUUCACCCCUCAUCUUUACACGGGGACAUCCAUAGACGAGUACAGCACCAGGUUACAGAGGACGUGGAUAAGCCAGCAGUGCCAAGGGAGAAUUCUUCAGGAACAACACUUAUGAAUCAGUCCGGAGCAUCUAGUAAAAGUACCAUGAUACUUCCAGUUUAUGUGUCACAUAAAGAGAACCCAGAAAGAGAGAGGUUAGUGUAUGCGCUACUUGACACGCAAUCAGAUACAACCUUUAUUCUGGAGAAGACUUCAAGGGCCCUUGGACUUACUGGUAGACCUGAGAAGCUGAUGCUAUCUACUAUGUAUGCAGAGAACAAGGCCAUAGAUAGUUGUAAGAUUGGAGGACUUGUUGUACGUGGCUUCAAUAGUGAACACAGGAUAAGAUUACCGGAGACGUAUACAAGAGCUAUCAUGCCUGCUAACAGAUCUCAUAUCCCGACACCGGAAGUUGCGAGAAGGUGGCCUCAUUUGGAGGCUAUUGCAGAUGAACUCCUACCGCUGGCUGAUUGCGAAGUUGGAUUACUUAUUGGUUACAACUGUGUGAAGGCUUUGACGCCUAGAGAUGUUAUCGUUCCAUCCGAAGACGGACCUUAUGGACAACGCACUGACUUGGGAUGGAGUGUAGUAGGCAUAAUGGAGAUUGACAGUUCAACGGAAUGGGAAGGGGAUCCCAUCGGAAUUAGUCAUCGUAUUGUUGCGUGCGACGUGCCUACAGAAUUGUGUACAUCUGAAGCAUCAAGGCAAGACCAUGUUGUAUUUUCAGUAAGGAACAAGAUAAAGGAAGUAAUCAACCCUGAAGAGGUAGUUAGGAUGCUUGAAGUAGAUUUCAGUGAGAACCUAAGCAGCUCAAAACAUGUUUCCUACGAAGACAGAAAAUUUCUGGAUAUCAUGGAAAAGGGGAUUCAUAAGUGUGAUGGACAUUAUGAAAUGCCACUGCCUUUCCGAGAAGCAAUGCCAUUUCUGAGCAAUAAUAGAGACAUGGCAUUUCAGCGACUUCAAGGCUUGCGGAAACGACUUGAGAAAGACGCAAAGUAUAGCGAGCAUUACGUUUCCUUCAUGAAAGAGCUGAUAUCAAAUGGUUUUGCAGAGAGAGUACCGAAGACGGAAAUUGGUGUGGAUAGUGGUCAAGAGUGGUAUAUCCCACAUCAUGGUGUAUAUCAUCCGCAAAAACCAGGAAAGCUGCGUGUAGUCUUCGAUUGCAGUGCAAGAGCCUACUACUUACCGAAUGACUGUACAUUAUUUGGAGCAGUAUCUUCUCCAGGAUGCGGCAACUUUGGCCUGAGACAAGCUGCCACAGACGGAGAGCUUCAGUUCGGGUCUGAUGUUGGGAACUUCAUCAAACGAGACUUCUAUGUUGACGACGGACUGAAGUCGGUAGCUACUCCAGAGGAAGCCAUUAGUAUCAUAGAGAGAAGCAAAGAGUUGUGCAGCAGAAGUGGUUUGAAGUUACACAAGUUCCUCUCAAACUCAAAGGAAGUUUUGGAGAGCAUUCCAGUUGAAGAAAGAGCAAAGGGACUAGCGGAUAUUGACAUACACCAUGACAAGCUUCCCAUGGAAAGAACUUUAUGUAUACAGUGGUGUAUUCAGACAGACGUAUUUCAGUUCAAGAUUACACUGAGAGACCGUCCUCUUACUAGACGAGGGGUUUUGUCAACCUUGAGUUCCGUAUUUGACCCCCUUGGAUUCAUAGCACCUUUCGUCCUAGUUGGGAAACAAAUCUUGCAGAAAAUGUGUAGAAACCAGACAGAUUGGGAUAGCCCUCUUCCAGAGAACUUGAGACCUAGAUGGAGAUGUUGGAGAAAUGAUCUUGAGCAGCUUGGUUCCUUGGAAAUCAAGAGAUGUCUAAAACCGGAGAACUUUGGAGAUGUUGUUGUAGCUGAGCUACACCAUUUCUCAGAUGCGAGCACUAUUGGGUAUGGCCAGUGCUCAUAUCUUCGUCUCAUCGAUGACAAGCAGCAAGUACACUGCUCCUUAGUUAUGGCAAAAUCCAGGGUCACGCCACUCAAGCCCGUAACCGUACCUCGUUUGGAACUUACUGCUGCGCUCGUUUCUGUUAAGGUCAGCUCCCAACUUCUAGAAGAGCUUGAAAUUAGCAAUGUUGUUGAAUGGUUCUGGACAGAUAGCACCGUUGUUCUGGGAUACAUUGCUAAUGAUUCCCGACGAUUUCAUGUUUUUGUUGCUAACAGACUUCAACAGAUUCGUGAUCACACAGAACCAUAUCAGUGGAACUAUAUCAGUUCAGCAGAGAAUCCAGCAGACAUGGCAUCACGUGGUGUUACAGCUGAUGAGUUACGAAAGAGGAAAGAAUGGUUCAGAGGACCCAAGUUUCUAUGGGAGUCCAGUUUACCAUUUACUGGUCAGCCUGUCAGCAAGCCAACUAUAUCUGACGAUGACUCAGAG